ACUUCCGGUGAAACGGGAAUUCCUUUUUUUCAAGUUACGAGCUGUAACGCCGGAGGAGUGAGAUGUUGUUUUAAAAUAUUUUAGUUCAUCAGUAUUGGUGUAUUUUAAACAGCUGUAUAGUGUAUUCAGAGAAUCGGAAAUGUCUCGGGUUCCUGUGGGAAAGGUCCUGCUGCGGAAUGUCAUCCGCCACACAGACGCUCAUAACAAGAUUCAAGAGGAGUCUGAGAUGUGGAAAAUGAGGGAGAUGGAGAAGCAAACGCCAGUGAUCCAGCAGAAACGGCAGCCAACAAAACUCGCUCCUGAUUUUGGCAGGUUUGCCUCCUUUUGUAGCGCGACAAUGUGUAAGAUGCGCUCUGACAGUUUUCAUGAAGAGACCCACAGUGAGAGAAGGGGAGCCCCAGCAGGUCACACCUCUGAGCAGGACCGCAGGGAGGCCAAACACUGGACCAAGAAACUCUAUGACUUUGAGGCCGGCGACCCCAACAGGUGGGGGCACAGUGGAUUCAGGGAGCUCUAUCCUGAGGAGUUUCACACACACAGCGACAGCUCGAACAGUGAUGAGAAAAACGACAGAAAGAAAAAGAAAACAUUGCAGCGUUCAAAAACAUUGCAGCAACACACCGGGAAGCGCAAACGAUCCAAGAAAUCAAAUAAGAAACAGAAAAAGCAAUCCAGCAAAAAACGGAAAAGAAAGAAGGGAGAGGACAGCAACUCACCCAGCGACCAGACAAGCUCAGACGAGAGUGACGGAGAAAAGAGGAGAGCCAGGAGGAAACGGAAAAGAACCAAGAAAAAGAAAUCAUCCGAGGGCAAGGAGGAGUCAUCCGAGGACAGCGAUUCAGACACCAGCAGCUCAUCGGAGAGCGAGCCCAGGGACGAGAGAAAGAAACGAAAGAGAAAGCGCCGGAGAGGAGAGAGUGAACAAGGAAGUGAUGGCAGGAAAAGCAAGCAUAAGAACUGGAAGCUAACCACAGAGGAGGAUGAACACAGCUAAGAACUGGAAACUAACCACAGAGGAGGACACCUCACAGGAGAGCUCUGAACACAGCUAAGAACAGGAAACUAACCACAGAGGAGGACACCUCACAGGAGAGCUCUGAACACAGCUAAGAACAGGAAACUAACCACAGAGGAGGACACCUCACAGGAGAGCUCUGAACACAGCUAAGAACAGGAAACUAACCACAGAGGAGGACACCUCACAGGA